UACCGCUCAGGAUGCACAGUUUUCUGUCCACUGCCAAGAGGGCGCAUGACUGCUGCGCAAGGCAACAAUUCACACGGAGGCUGUCCGGUGGACAUCCCGCAACUCGAGGGUCUGCGAUUACGCCGGUUAUUCUACACUAUGACAGACUCAUUCCACCGGAUGGGAACGAGAAGAGCCAUCCGCUGGUGAUCUUGCACGGAUUAUUUGGUAUGAAGAGGAAUUGGUUGUCUCUCUCCAAGGCUUUUUUGCGAGACUUGGGUAGACCCAUAUAUACUUUAGUAGACCUCCGUAAUCACGGCUCGUCACCUCAUGCGGAACCCAUGACUUAUGCCGCUAUGGCUGUGGAUGUGCUCAACUUCUGCCGAGUUCAUUCCUUGACAAAAAUAUCCCUCCUUGGACAUUCCAUGGGAGGGAAAGUAGCUAUGACGGUCGCGCUAAAUCCGGAACUUCCUCAAGAUCUACUUUCCCACUUGAUUGUUGCGGAUAUUGCGCCAUCAAGGGGAGAACUUUCGCCUGAAUUCAACAAGUACGUCGGCGCCCUGCAGGAGAUAGAAAGGCGGAAGAUUACCAAUAGAAGAGAAGCUCAGCAUAUUCUGUCAGAGACGGAACAGGACCCAACGAUCCGCGCAUUCUUACUGACGAAUCUGAAAAACACAGAUAUUCACCAUCACGGGCCGCUGUCGUUCCAGAUUCCGCUGGACAUCAUUGGCAAGAGUAUAUCAGAGCUCGGUUCAUUUCCCUAUGAACCGGGCGAACGUGUCUGGAAUGGCCCCACUCUAUUCGUAAAGGGUACGAAGAGCAAGUAUAUCAAUAAUCACAACAUACCUAUCGCCAAGCAGUUCUUUCCAAAUAUGAUCCUUGAACGUUUAGAAGCAGGUCAUUGGGUUAACCAUAUAUGCUUCAGGCCCAACGAGUUCAAACAGCUAGUGACAAACUUCAUAAGGACUCAUUGA